UCCCCACGUUUAAACCAGUGCUACAACAUUAAAAUAUCCAACCGGCCAUUGUAGUAUCUUUCAUGCAUAGUGCACUUUGCAGACAUAAAAAGUUAAACGUUGGGAUAAUUCCUUGCAAAUUCAUAAGCAGAGCAUUUAAAAAUAGAACUUAAGCAAUGGUGCUAAUCAAUUCCCACUUGCAACACAUAGCUAGAGCGAAAGCUCCUUCGAUGCAGUUUCUAAACCAAACACGGUGUCUCAAAAACGAUAAUUACAAUAUUACCAUCAUCACCCUUUCAUUGCAAAAUACUUUUAGCAACGCCCAAGUGCCGUCGUGGGUUCUACGGUAAUGACAUCAUUUUAUUCCUCUCAAGUCGGUACUGACUACGUUGACAACCAAACAUCCCUUUACAAGCUGCAAUACUUUGGGUAAUUAACUCCCCCGAGGAUUACGAAGCUCUCUUUUAAAUAUGAUACUCAGAACCUAAGCAUUCCAUCUAUAGGAUUAACGGACUAUGACUUGUUCUGCAAAGAGUGUAGCACAAAUAGCAUACCGCUACCAACAGUCAAUCAUACAAUACAACUAUUUUUCACCCCUUCUUAGUUUGCCUUUACGGCUGUCUGUGAGCUAAACGCAACUGUAACGCAAGACAUUCUGGGAAAAGUAGUGCCAUCAUACAUCUCUCAAGAAGGACAAACCCGAAUGCAAACUCCAGAAAGGACUUACUAACCCACGAUGCUAAUCGGUGCUAGUAGUGAUAAUGCCAUGGGAACCAUCGCAGCGAAAUGUUGUAUACCACCAAAAACCUAUGAACGACGUUUCAAUUUGCGCAGUUAUAAUCUGAAAGCCCGUAAAGUGUUAUUGUUGAGGUCCUGAUUAAGUUGCUUUAUGGAACUGUGUUAUGUCUAGUUGUAGCCAUGAAAGUAUUUGGUUUAUUGAGGUUUGAAAAACCAGUAUAAAGAGUGUUUUCUGCAUCCUUAGCUUAACCGGAAGAAUUGAAAGCGCAUAUAGUCUACGACAUGGUUACAUGUGGAUUAUGUUUACAACCGAGUUGUUUCUCUGAUUCACGUGUCUUUGAUAUAUAAAGGAAACGUUGGAAUGUCUUUCAAACGAGAGGGAGAUGAUAUUAGUCAACUUAACGUAUUGCGGAAGAGAAGAGUGGAGGACUUGCUGUCGAGCUAUAUUCCAGAGGAUGAGGCCCUUCUGCUGAAGAAUGGAAGGUAUGCCUGCACAGUGUGUUCCUAUCGUCCAGUCUUUGACACACUAGACAUGUUGACUGUGCACCGGUCUGGCAAGAAACACAUAGCAAGUCUGCAAAGUUUUUAUGGCAAGAAACGAGAGUUAGAAAAUGAAGUUGAAAAAAGGCAGCAUAAAGCAUUUUUGCAAGGGGAGGAAGCCAUAAAAUCGGACACUAGUGGCCCUGCACCUCUACUGACUCAGACAAGAAAAAUCACUCACAAUGCUUUGCUAAAAGCAACACCUUACAACAGCUGCUGCAAAGUGAAGAGGCCUUUGACCUGCAGUCAAGGUACUGGCUCUUCCAGUUCUGUUGCUGCUUCAUCACUUUAUGAAUUAAAGGCUACAAAAGCCCCUGCAUUAAUAGAGAAGCCUCAUGCCUUAGAAUCAACAUCUUCACAAGAAUUACCCGGAUGUAGAGUCAGUCAAUCUGGUGAACAGGAGAAGGCAGCACAACUAAUCAAGAAAAGCAGCAUGCAAGUUGCAGAGAAUGCAGUACCCGUGAAAAAAGAUGAGGUGACUCCUGAAAAACGUAGAAUGAUGCAACACUACCUUAAGCUAAAAAGUUCUGGCUGGAUUCAAGACAAAUCUGGAAAGUGGGUGAAGGAUGAAAAUGUUGAGUUUGACUCUGAUGAAGAAGAACCACCAUCCUUUUUACCAUCCUGACCAAAUUAAUGCUAUGGAGUGUUCCUGUUUUUUCCCCAUGUCUAUGUUUGAUGAUGUAGCACAAGCAACAGAGGAGGGUGUACAUUUUAUUGUAUGAGCUGCAGAACUCGGAUUAUUUACAUUCAGCUGCUCCUUAUGUACUCCACUGUCUGCCGUUUCGACUGUAAUAAUAAUGGUUUCUACUACAGGGCAGUGUCAAAGGGAAUAAAAGUCUAUAUUGUG